AUGUCCGCAGAACUCUCCCUUGGAUCCUUACCCUUCGGUUUCACGCCACCAGGCCGUGGGUUUCGAGUGCCAUCAAGUUCAACCAACCCGUCAUCGGCGCCGAUUUCCACCCCCUCACCACCAUCCGGCUUUUCAUCGUUACGGAAACCGAGCGUCGAUGUGGGCUCUGCCAGUCGGUUGGGUAGCAAAGUAGGGGAUGAAGAAGACAACGAGGGGGACUUCAUGGAAACUCCUGGAGGGGAGCGCAAACGGGGGAUGGACUUCAACACGACGCCUGCUGCAUCUACACGCGCCAAACGCACGCGGGCAAGCGCAGGUGCCACAAAAGGCGCGCCACUCACGUUGCGCGACCAAGAGAAGCAAAUCGACCACCUCAAGAAGGAGAACUUUGACUUGAAGCUUCGGCUGCAUUUUUUCGAAGAUCGGCUGCACCAGAUGGCUCCGGAGCAGAUGGAGACCGUGAUCAAGCAGAAUAUUACUCUAAAGACGGAGGUUCAAUCACGGGGAAUGGAGAUCAAGAAGUUGAAGAAGGUGCAGACAAGUCUACAACGGGAGGUUGACAAGCUGUCACGCGGGGCUGCUCGCGAACGUGAACUUGAGGAAAAGCUGGAAGAGAGGGAUAUGGAGCUUCAAGAGCUGCGACGACGGCGUUCGGGACAUAGCUUGGACGAUUUCGCGCUGCGUGAGGCCGAAGCGAGGAAUGCUGAGCUAGAAGAGCAGUUGGAUAGUCUUAAGGGGUUGCUGGAAGAGAACACGGAGGAGAUCGAACGGUUGCAGGAGCUGUUGGAACGCAAGGCAGAUGAAUCGACGAUGAGUGAGGGUGGGCAGGGUAGGAGAGAGCGUAUGAAAAGACGCGUGGAGGACUUGGAGGCGGAGAACGAGAACAUUCGUGAGAGGCUUGAGGAGCAUGUGGACCUCCUCACCCGUAGUCGCGCUCAGAUCCUCGAUGAGAUAGAGGACCGGGAGGUCAUGCAAGAAAACCUCAAUGCACUCAAGGAUAGAUUAGCCGCGGUGACCAUCGAGCUCACGCAAAGGGAAGACGACCUCGAGCUACGGAACCGCGAACUCGAAGAAAUGGCCGAGGACCAUACUCGGGACCUCGAGGACAAUGACCAUGCAUGGCGAAGCGAGAUUGUGGAAAUGCGGAAUCAGAAAGACAACCUAGCUGACGUUCUUGCAGAACGAGAGGCUGCGAUUGAGACUCUCCGAGUCACUAUAGCAGGGUUCCAAGCCGAACAAGAUAACAUCGACGAAGCACUGAAACAGCUUGAAGACCAGAUAGUAGACAAAGACAACGAGAUCCUUAACCUCAACAAGACGAUAGAUAGCCUCCAUGAUCAGUUGUACCAAACUGAAGAUGAGGCCGACCACUUGAAGGAGGCCAUAGAGCGUAUGCAAGAAGACGAAGACGUCGAGAAGCAAGCGCUUCAUGCUGAAGCUUUGGCACAUCGCCAGCGCCAGGAGCAACUCGCACACCACAGCGAAGAUCUCGACGCCCAGCUACGCGAGGAGAGGCGGCUCCGUGAGCGCGCUGUUGCCGAUCUGGACGCGGCUGAUCGUGAACACGAGGAGGAAAUGCGUCGCGAGCGUCGGGCAUUUGAAGCGAAGGAAUCGGCUUUGCAGAGCGCCCUCAAUGAUUUGGCACGGACGCAAUCGUUGCUCGAUCAGCGGGAAUUCGACUUGCAAGCAGUGCAAACGGCGCUGCAAACCAUUGAGGCUGAGUCGAAGCGCGCGGGGGAGACACAUACCACCGCUCGGUUCUCGUUACAGCUUGAGGUCGAUCGCUUGAAACGCGAUCUGGAGAGAUUGGAAGACGAGCUUGCACGGGCAAGGAAGGAUUUGGAGGACAAAGACAGCAAAGGGCGAGAUAGAGACGGCGUGCUUGAUAGGCUUCACGCAGAAAACCGUGACCUGGCGACUCAAUUGGCGGCCCAAACCCAAGCACGACUCAAUGUUACGGAGAAGCUGGAUACCACCCAAGCCAGUCUCAAGGCUGCCGAAGUCCAAGUAGCAACCUUCAGAUCGAGAAUCGCAGAUUUAGAAGAGAGGCUAUCCAAAGACCAGCGCUCGUUGCUCGCGGCUGAGAACCAGUAUAGGGACCAACUUACGGAGCGAAACACGCUCUUGCUGACCAUAUAUCAAUAUAUGGAUAAGAUCCUUGGAGUGGAUAAGACCCCGCCAUUCACCAACUUUAGCGUUUUCCACGACAAUCUCAUCACGAGACUGAAAGCCCUCUCCCAGAUCCAACUCGACUUUGAUAAGCGGUGUAAAGAGGUGGAAUCGAAGUUCACGAAGAAGCUCACGGAUAUGAGGAAGCAGCUAGAUCAUCGGUGGAAACAGAUCGACAAGUUCGAAGAGGCCGUUAAGGGGUAUGCUGAUGCCAAAGCUGCUUGGAGGCGUAAAUACAGCUCCAAAGAGGGCGAGCUGGAGGCGAUCAAGGCAACCAACGCCGACCUGACGACGCAGCUUGCCGCGAUGAAGAAACCUGGGCAGUCAGACGCAAUGGAAGUUCGAGCACUCUCUGCUCGCGCCACGAAUGCUGAGCGACGGCUCAUCAAUGCCCAGAACUUGCUUGCGGCAUCGGAAGAGAAGGUUGCUGAGAUGAAUCAGCGGAACGCGUCUGCGGACUCGAAGUGGGAAGCCAGGGUCAAGGAGUACGAGGCAAGACUGAAGGCAGCAGAAGAGAAGUACAAACGUGAACGGCAAGGAGCGAAAGAGAGAGUGAACGAGCUAGAGAAUAACAUGAAGAAUAUCCGUGAACAGCUUGAACUGGCGCAGAAGAGAAAUAGACAACUAAACGAUGUUGUCCAAACGGCUCGUGCCGGCGACUCACCUGGCAAUUCGUCACGCUGA